AUCAGCUGGGCUGGAGGGUGUCUCCGAAGUAGUCGAGGCAGAGAGAGCUUGGAAUACACAGCCGGUCAGACGGACAGGAUGUUGUGAAAUGAGGGAUUCCCUCCGUUACUGACAGGAUCAUAGAACAAUCUACAGCUUUCAGCCAGGCCUAGUAGCAAAUGACAGGUGUCCUGGGAGAAACGGACGCCCGAUAUACUCCCGUUCCAUAUCCUGUGCUACAUCAGGGCCAUACCUCUCCUCAGACACAAACCAUGUCCCUGCCCUAAUACAGCUCAAUACACUGCACUCCUUCCUUCUCCUCCAGGAACUAUGAGGGACUCAGUUUGAUCCGGUGAUCAGAAGGUUAAUUCAAUGUCGUGUUUGGAUUGUUCCUGUCUGAGAGGCACGCCUGUUAAAUCAAUAAGCCAAGAUAAAGAAUCAUCAUCCAGCCUUUAUUCACACUGGCAGGCAGGUGAACUGCCACAGUAUUGGAUUCCUCCUGUACCAGGGGGUCAUGAAAUGCCAGUACGCUCCACUGAAGCUGCCAGCUAUGAACUCCAAGAGGAACUCGGAAAAGGGUUCAGCAAUUUAACUACUAUCUACCUCGCUCGACACACUCCAUCUGGAACACUGGUUACUGCACGAAUCACAGACCUGGAGAGCUGUUCUGAUGAACAUCUCCGUGUUUUACAGAAUGAGUUGGCUAUGUCACCUUUCUUCCGCCAUCCUAAUAUUCUGACCUUUUGGAAGGUGUUUACAUCUGGGACCUGCCUUUGGGUGAUUUGUCCUUUCAUGGCAUACGGUUCUGCUACCACCCUGUUGAAGACCUAUUACCCUGAAGGUAUGAAUGAAGCUUUAAUUAGCAAUAUUCUAUAUGGAGCACUGAAAGGAUUAAAUUACCUACACCAUAACGGAUACAUUCACAGGAAUGUAAAAGGGAGUCAUAUUCUGAUAUCUGAAGAUGGUAUGGUAUACCUCUCUGGCCUCGAUCUUCUGUACAGCUUGGUAAGAAGAGGAGAAAAGGCAAAAGUGGCCUUUGACUUUCCAAAUUUCAGCACUUCAAUGCUCCCAUGGUUUAGUCCAGAACUACUGAGGCAGGACCUGUAUGGGUAUAAUGUGAAGUCGGAUAUCUACAGCCUUGGCAUAACUGCUUGUGAAUUGGCCACAGGGCGUGUACCAUUCAUGGACAUGCACCGCACUCAGAUGCUGCUACAAAAACUGAAAUGUCCACCACACAGUCCUCUGUACAGUAAUACAUUUCCUCAUGAAGAAUCUCCAUUGAAGAUUUCACGAUCUGGAGUGGAUUCAGGUAUUGGCGAGAGUGUGGUUGCUGCAAGCAUGACUCAGACUUUGACCAGUGAAAAGCUGAGAACCCCCUCUCCAAAGACAUUCUCAUUGGCUCUACAGAAUUUUGUUGAGCUAUGUCUGCAACAGGAUCCUGAACUAAGGCCUUCAGCUGGUGCUUUGCUGUCUCAUGAUUUUUUCAAGACGGUAAGACAGCAAACCCCCGGAUCCAUGUUUCAACUACUGCCCCCUCUGGUACAACACAGAAAGCAGCACUCAGUUGGGCCAUCAUUGGUAAACUGGAACAAACACAGCACAAGCCUACAUGAACAUAAAGAAUGGGCAUUUGAAUAAUUCUGUUUACAGCAUGGAAUGAAUUUUUCUACCAUUGUAUUGUCAUGUAUAUGAAUUGGUGAACUGUGAAAAGGCUUGACCCUAUGGCUGGCUAAUAGUAAUAAUAAUAGUGUAUGCUCAAACCGAGCAUAAUGUGAAUAUGCAAAGCUUGCACUUCUAAGCUGUUUUUUUUCCUUCACCA